UAAAAAGAAGCGAGUAAGUAAGCUACACGAAUGCGCGGCGUUACGUUGUGAAGUGGAAAAAUUGUUUCAUAAAAAUUGCAUGUUUUCGUGUAUAAUUGAUAUACAAAUUUAGGAAAAAAGUGAUUUCGAUAAGUAGUAGUUGUGCAAGCGAUAAAAUUCUAUCGAAAAUUCGUAGUUACUUUUGCGAGAACAUUAAAGCAAAAAAGCGCUUUGGAGGAAAAAUUCGUUGUGAAUCACGUACAUAUAAUACAUUUAAAUCACAAUAAAACAAAAACUUCGUAUAAGUGCAAAUAAUUGUGGAUUGAGUUUGUUAUUGAGAAAUUUUAUUAACACAAAUUAAAACAAUGUCUGAGGUUGCGAAUAUUGAUAAAAUUGAGCAGAAUACUGUACCAGUGGAACAGACCGUAGUCGAAGUGGAGGCAGCGAGUACACCAACGUCGGCUGAGGCAGAGACGGCGGCUUCACCCGAAAAGCAAGUGGUCAACAACAGCAUCGAGGCAGAAUCUGCGGCAGGCGAUGCUGGUACGAGCGCUGCGGAGGCGGCCAAAAUAGAGGAAUCUUCACCAAAAGUGGAGAGCAAGAAGACACCCGUAAAGCGCACUCCAUCGAAACGGAUGUCUUUCAUAGAACGGGCACAAAAAGAAAGUGAAGAGCUGGUUAAGAAUAUGGGUGGCAGUUUAGAAUUGGAUGGUGGUCGUCGUACGCGUUCAAGCACACGUGGCACACCAACUCGCGCUACAGCUGUGUCAACUCCACCACCUGCCAAAAAGGCACGUACCUCGCCCGCUAAUGCUAGCAACACACCGUCCCGUGGCCGUGGACGUGGUCGAAAAAUAGACAUAUCAGAAGAUUCGGAAGAGGCUAAAGGGUUAGCUGAGCCACCAUCGGCAAAAACACCGGAAAAAUCAGAAACCCCAGACAAAAAACAGGCUCCGGCAGAUAAGCCCAAUAACAAAGUGUCAGAAUCGAUUGAUGAAUCAUUACCACCCGCCGAGGUCUCGGAAAAGUCCAUAGAAAGUAAAGGAGAAGAAGCGGUGGCAUCUGCUUCAAAUAUAGAAGAGUCAGAGGAUAAAACAGAUGCCAAAGCGGACAUGGAACCUAUUUCAGAAGAACAACAGAAUGAUGACGAACAAGUAACCAGCAAAGAAGCUGAAGCGGAAGCCCCAUUAGUACAGAAAGAUGAUGAAACACCAAUGGAUACAGGGGAAUCUGUUCCUGCGGAAGAACCUUUAGCGGAUAAAGUUGUCCCAGAUCCAACACCAGCAGAAAAGCCGACAAAAUUGGAAAGUACAGCAGAAAAAACAGCAGCAUCAACUACCGAGCAAUCAGCUCCAAUCGCGGUGCCAAAACAGCUUACACCAGAACCCAUGGAUGUUGAUUCGAAUUCAAAGAGUAGUGAUGUUGAGCUAGUUGAAUCUGCGGCACCUGCUACGUCUGAAGAUUCAGUUGAAGUAUCAGUACCGGCAUCAGCAGCAGUUGAAAGUACCGCGCCGCUUUCUGGAACUGAAACAAUUCAGGAGGCUAAUUGUGCUAACACAAAUAUCAUAGAUGCAGAAUCGGCGGUCAACGCCAAUAACAUUGAUAACACGGAAGCCGAUAUUGUUGAAGUUGCCUCACAAGCGCCGGCUCCUUGUGAUGUGGGGAGCGUAGAAUAUAAUGUAAAUACGUUAAAUGCAACGAAUGAAGUUGCCGCUAUCGCAAAAACUGAAACAACUGUAGACGUUGCCAACCAACCUGCUGUAGCAGAAAGCGAAGUCAAUGCUAACAAUGAUGAUAGUGCUAAGUCAGGAAAUGAUUUAUGUGUCCCAAAAGUUGUAUCGCCAUCGAUAAACAAUGCAAAUAACGAUGGUGGUGUAGCAACGAUAUUGUAAAUUCGUAAUACUUGGACGUCAAAAAUUGCUAUAGCAGUCGACAGUAAAAAUGCCAUGAUGUGCAACAAUAGUUAAAACAACUACAAUACGGACAACAUCAUCAAAAUUCAAAAGUGGAGCAAAAGGGAUAACCAUAAAAAGUAAUGAGUUGCCAAGUUGGCAAGCCAUUUUUUAAAGCACGAAUGUCUACCACACAACCCGCCUGAAAUAUUUUUACUGAACGUUUAGUUUUAUUUUUAUUUUUGUUUUCUUUUUUAUCUUUUCUCUAUUUUCAUGGCAAAAAUUUAAUUGAUUAAAUUGUAUUGCCUUUCACCGGAUAAGUGUCAAUAUGUCGCUAUAAAUAUUCAUUUUUUCUAAUUGGACAACAGAAAACAAAUAAAUGUAUAAUAAUAUAUAUUAUAUAUAUAAUUAUAUGCAGAAGAUAAGCAAAAUCUACAACUAUUUUAGAUGAUAAUGACCAUGCAAAACAAUAAACAACCUAAACAAUCAUUUAUUGUUUUUAUUGCAAAUGCAAAUUCUAUUAAUGAAUGCAGUAAAAAGCAAAUACAAAACUAUCAAUUGACAAAUAUGCGUGUGUGCGUGGAAAGUUAUAAAAUAUAGCUUAAAAUUUAAUACGACAAAAAUGGAUUUCAACAGAACUAAAAGUUAAGUAAUGCUGUAUAUUAAAAGGGUGAAUAUCAAGAGCAAUAAUACAAUAAAAUUAGACUAACAUUAAUUAUAAAACUAAAUUCGAAAACCAAGAUAUUCCAACAUGUGAAAAUAAGUGUGUGCAGAAGUCGCCAUAAAGCCAUUAUUUUCAACUUUGAUAACUUCACCUGGCUAACAAAAAUUAUAAUAAGUUUUCUGCUUUCCAUUUUAAAAAUUUAGGUUUGUGCCACCAAAGGGUGGACCGUUUAGAGGUUAGUAAUGCAUUUCUGAAUAUGUAAACUUAAAAAUACUGAAUCAAAGCAAGUUUAGCCCCACAAAAAUGAAUGUUUAAAGUAAUUUCUCAGAUUAUUCUUCAUUUAAAAUGGGGAUUAUUUUCAAGAGUGUGCAGUUUUUUGAUGUUGAAUUAAGCAAAACAAAUUUUAUUUUGGACUUAGAAUUGCGUUUGCAAAGGGUGCAAAAAUUGGUUCGCUUAACACAAAAUGCAUUCUUAUGAAAUGACUAAAUAUAACGCAUAUAAAGUUCAAGCUUGUUUGCUCCGUCUUUUUAUCGUGUGCUCCUUAACAGCUUUCAAUAGCGUAGGCAAAUUUAGUUUUCUUAAUAUUUGUCAGCAGCGCAUAAUGUUUUUUUUUUCAAACAUAUUUGUAUAAGUAUUAGUAUAAUGACUGUAGCAUGUAAUUGAAAACAAAAGCAAAAAACAAAAAAGGAAAGAAGCAAAAUAUCAUUAAAAAAUGUCUUGGUCUUGUAUGGGAUUUGGAGUAUUUAUUUUAUUUUUUUUCAAAAAAAAUUAAAAAAAUAAAUUUGUAAACGAAAUGAGAACACAAAUUUCGUCUACACUACUUUACGGUAACAACAGCAACAAAACAAAACGAAAAAAAAAAAAAAAAAUACAAAUUUUAGUUUAGCUGUAAA